GAAGCACGGGAGAACGACACCAACACGUUGGCUAGUGCAGCAUAGCAUAAAUUUUGUUUAAUACCCAAUUUCCUUGUGAAAUUCCGUGGAGAAAAAGCCAUUUGACGGUCUCGUCUCUUCGAGAACAUGGAAGGAUUCACCCUGGAGGCGAAUGCGCCUCGAAUUAUUGAGAUUCCCUUGCUUGGACACGAUCAAUCAGUCGAAAUCGAUUGUACUAGUUUGCCUACCGAUGCUUCCGAAAUUUGUGAUAUUUUAACAAACGAACAGUCGGAAAAGGAGUUUUGGACUCGUUUUGCUUAUGAGUAUAUUACUCGUGGUAUGUCCGAACAAGCUAUCAGCAUCCUCACAAAAGGUCUCGAAGUGCUUACGGACGACGAGAGUCAGGCCGCCUUUAACGCAUAUUUGGCUGCUAUAUACAUGCAACAAGCAAGACUGGCUGGACGUACGCGUGGUGCGAAUCGGGAAGAGUACUUAAACCGCGCUCAAUCGUUUUUGGACAAAAUCAGUGGCAGUCACCGACAAUGGGACCCUGCUUUGCUUUUACAGGCAACCUUUGGGAUCAUGAAGUCACCAAAAAGCAACUCUACUCUUGACGCCGCUCUUCACGGCUAUGACCGUGUGUUGCAAAAAUCAGGCGCUAAUGUUUUCGCUUUAAUGGGAAAAGCACUCGUGCUCUAUCAUAAAAAGAACUUCCGUAGCGCUUUGAAGUUUUACCAGCGCGCUCUAGUUUCCAAUCCGUCUUUCCAGCCAGAUCCCCGUAUUGGCAUCGGCUUGUGCUUCUGGCAACUUGACAUGAAGGAAGAGGCACACGCUGCGUGGACCCGUGCUCAAGAACUCAACCCCUCAAAUUAUGCCAUAGGGACGUAUCUUAGUUUGUAUCACUAUGAUCGUGCUUUCAAAAAUUUAGGCACUGAAGAGUUUGUAGCCAACUACUCACAAGCUCUUAACUACACCCAAAAAGCAUUUAAGGCGUGUCCCACUAAUGCAGUGGCUGCUUGUAUUCUUGCCGGAUUCACUUACACUAAAAAAAAUCUAGAAGCUUGUAUCAAGCUUGCCAAUGCUGUGGUACACAAUGCGUUCACACCCUCUUUAUCCGCUGACGGAUAUUUUUGGAUGGGCAGAGCGUAUCACCAACUUGGAAAAUACGAUGAGGCCAUGAAAUGUUAUCAACAAGCUCGUUCAAUCCAGGACAACCACUUACUCAGUUACAUGGGUAUUGGUCAAAUUCAAAUUUUGCAAUCGGAUUAUACAAGUGCUAAGCUCACAUUCGAGCGUAUCUCUGAGCAGGCUCCAAAGUGUGCUGAGGCUCUUAUUAUCUUGGGUUGUUUGAACGCUUCUGAUCCCAAAGCUGAUCCUGCAAAACCAAAAAUGCUUCUGGAGCGUGCGUUUAACAUCCUUUCAUCCUCUAAAAUACCUCGUGUUGUGGAUUCAGACUUACUUAUUACUCAAGCUCGGCUUUGGGAAAAAGACGAUGCCUCUAAAAGUCUUAAGUAUCUGGAAAAGGCACUUGCCUUUAUUCGCGACGCCCAAAUGGUGGAAACGCCUGAACUUUUAAACAACGUUGGUGUCUUGGAAUAUCAGCUUUUCAACUAUGGCGAUGCUUUAAAGCAUUUUGAAGCAGCAAAAACUGUUAUGACGGAAGGAAACGAUGGUUUCCGUGUCUUGUUAACAUAUAACAUUGCCAGAUGCAAGGAGCAGCUCGGUCAACUGCAAGAGGCUGAAAAAAUGUACAGAGACGUUCUUCAAGAACGACCCGAGUUUUCUGAUGCACGUGUUCGUUUAUGCCUUUUAGAACUUGCAAAUCCUACAGACGCUACAUUUAAAACAAUCCGUCAAUUGAUGACUAAUGACGGUGAAAACUUGGAAGUUCGCGCGUUCUUCGGCUGGUACUUGAGCAAACAAAAACGCCGUCCGGCGGAGGAUCCGGAACUUCGUCAUUGUUCUCAGACAUUGAGACACUGGCACGAUGAUACUUAUUCUCUCGUUCAGUUGGGUAAUGCGUAUUUGAGACAGGCACGUGAACUUCGCGUCGCAUCUCCAGCAGACAAGGUCAAACGUCAGAAGCUAUUCAACAAAGCCAUCCAGUCAUUUGAUCAAGCCAUUAAAUACGAUCACAACAAUGCUUAUGCUGCACAAGGAAUUGCCAUAACAUUGGUUCACGCAAAACAAUUCUCAAAAGCAAUGCUUAUUUUGAGUAAAGUUCGUGAGACGAUUAAGGACGUCACAACGUUAAUUAAUAUUGGAAAUUGUCUUGCUGAGUUAAAGCAGUAUCACAGAGCUAUCGAAAUCUUUGAACAGGUAUUAGAUAAGACUGGCGAAACUGAUGGUUAUAAUGUCUUGAGUUCGCUGGGUCGUGUUUGGCUUCAAAGAGGUCGUGAGGAUAAGAAUCCAGCAUUUCUCCGCGAGUCUUUAAAAUACACGCAAAGAGCUUUGGCUCAAAAUCCCACUAACACGAGUCUUCAAUUCAACACGGCUUUUGUCCAAUUUCAGUUAUCGGAAUUGAUUCGGACACAAAACGAAAAUGUACGUACGGUCAAAGAUCUGGAGUAUGCUAUGGAACAGUUAGACGAAGCUAUCAAGACUUUUGAUCAGCUCGUUGAGUCAAAAACUCCUCCAUUCCCUCCCGCAGACAUCCAGCAGCGCUCCAAUAUGGCUAAAAAUACUACUCGGCGACAACUUGAACGUGCAAUCCAGCAGCAAAAAGAAACUGAUGCUCUUAAUAACGCAAGAUUGGACGAAGCCAGACACCGUCGAGAAGAAGAAAAGGCUCGUCGUUUGGCGGAGCAGGCGGCACUCGAAGAGGCAAAGAGAAAACGCGAACAAGAGCUGGAAGAGGAAAGACGUACCAUGCAGGCCGAAGUUGCUGAAUACCGUCGUAAUGAGCAGCAGGAUGAAAACGUCUCACCGGUACCUUCUGACAGCGAGGAUGAGAAGCCCAAGAAGAAAAAGCAACGUAAGCGCAGAAAGACGAAGGAUGAAACCGAGUCUGAGCAUGAGCCUGAACAUGCCGAAACAUCUGCUAGAAAAACGAGACGCAGAAGAGGUGGCCGGCGUGUUAUUUCCGAAGAGCGUAUCGAAGAAGACGAGGGGGACGAAGCAAAAACCAAAGGCAAACAGUAUAAGAGUGAUCCUUUUGUAGUCUCGGAUAUGGAAGAAGACGACGAAGAGCCCGAGGCUUCUAAACCCUCUUCUACUGAAAAGACUGAGGAUGAUAACAAGAAAGAAGAACCCGGGGAAAAGGUCGAGGCACAAGCCGAAUAGUUUAUGUUUUACGAAUGAUAGUCUUUCUUUUUUUCCCCAAUCCUCGACUCUCGUGUUCGGCUACUUUUACAAAAUCAAUGAAAUGGCAUUGUAGAUUAUUUUAAUGAAAAACCAAUCUUUGUGUUGGCUGCAAUUUU